AUGCAGCGCCAACAUCCCCCCCCAGAGGAUCCUGACGAGACCAUGGUAGGUGACAUGGAGCCAAAGAUACCGGAAAUUCGGCAUUUAUCGGAUGAUGAGCGCGCCAAACUAGAGAGUGAUCACUCCGAAAUGGUUGAUGCCAUGAAGGCUGCGCACAAACAAGAGCUUGCACAGCUAGCAGAAGUGCAUCGGCGCUCGAAUGAAGAAUUGUUUACUAGCCAUGCUGCUGAAUUGGCCCGUGCCUAUAGCGGCCGUACAAAAGAGCUCGAGGAAUUGCGUUCGGAACAUGAGGCUACCCUGGCGACAACUUCUCAGAUGUAUGAAGAGCGAUUGGCCCACAGCAAAGUGGCACAGUCUGAGGCGGCAUCUCAUCACGCCGCCCAAAUACGUUGUCAUACGAGUGCGCACACGGAUACUUUGCAAAAGACGCUGCACCUAGAUUCUGCCAUGGAAGAGCUGGAAUUUAACCUCAAUCAGAAUACUACGAAACUCACUACUAUGCAGCAUCGCAUGGACACAUACGAAGCUUAUGUAUGGCAGUUGGAGAAACAGUACAGAGACGCUUUGGAAGCUCAUGCAUCACUGCGCAUUGCGCAUCAUACCCUUUCAACGGAGCAUGAACUAGCUUCCAGGCGGUUGGCUGAGCUCGAGACCUCAGUGACUGAGCGUGAUGAGGCAGUUGUGCGUACACAAACGCAGCUUGAGCAUACCCAAGCUGCCCUGGAUCAGCGUGACAGUGAGUUGGCCUCCAAGUCUAGCCGUUUGGCCGACGCGGAGAACCAACUAGCGGAGCUCCAGUCUGAACUUGAGCGUUCCACGCAAAUCCAAACCAACGUGGAUCAGGUCCUGCAGCAGCUUGCCGUGUCGGAAGCCCAGGUAGCUGAUCUCCAGAAGCAACUCAAGAGCUUGGAGCUUGUCAAAGCGGAGCGUGUCCAGUGGGCUGGAGAAAUGCAUGAGCUACAGAAAAUGCUCUCCAUGUACAAGAGCAGUGCUUCUCAUGCUGAGCAGGAACAGGAGCGAGCGAAAGAGCAGAUGGAGAAGCUACAGGCUGAGUUUUUCGUCUUGGAACAAGCAUUAGUGGACCGUGAAGCUGACAUCCGAGCGCUGAAAGAGAGCAAGCGAAGAUACGCGGAGCAAAUUCGCACGGAGCGUGCUGAGCAUGCGGCAAAGCGGGACGCAGAUCAGAAUGCGGCGUUGCUUACGCAGCGCGUGGCUGACCUUGAGCUGGAACUGAGUGCGAAGGCUAGCGAAAUUGAAGAAGCCGAUACGCGUAUGUUGCUUGUCAUGAAGGAAAACAAACGGCUCGCUGCCCAAGUGAAGGCGCUGCGGAAUGAGACGAAACGCGCCUUGCAAGAUGUGACCAACAACCAGGCAUCGAAUGGGUCACCGGAAAAGCCCGAUGCGUCGUUGCCCAAUCGCUUAGCGCGGCUACGCCCGGUGUCAUGA